UGUGUGUGUGUAUAACCUACUUUAACAGCACUAGGCCAAAGAGCAGAUAUGAUCAAAUGAUAUGAUAAUUGCUUUGUUUGUACAGGUCAGUGGUAAGUGUAGAAUCAGGGGAACACAGAGAAAGUUCUUGAACAGUCAUUAGAGAGGGAUGAACUGCUGAACUGAGGAGGAGGAGGAGAAAGGACAAGUGGUCAGGUGGUUUGAGGAGAGGGAAGAGGAGGAGGAGAGAGAUAGUCUGUUUUUCUUGUGUCAGAUAAAAGAGAGCCAUAUUCCAUAUCUGAGUUGUCAGGCUUCAGGACUGCAGAGUGGAGAGACUGCAGAGUGGAGAUUGUACAGAGUGGAGAUUGGACAGAGUGGCAGUUACUGUGUGCUAUGGGAUUACAGGAGAUUUAAUGGAGAACUCACAGCAUCAGAUGAGCCCUGUGAAGAUCUGAAACCACAUAGCAGCCCCAGCCUGAGCCCCAAUAUGGACAACGAGAUCACCGCCAAGGAGAGAGGAGUACUGGAGGAGAAUAACGAAAAGGAGACGAUGGACAGAUAUCAGGAGGAGGAGGAGGAGGAGGAGAAGGGUAGGAGGGAGCAGCUGGAGCCUCUGUCUGAGGAGCAGGAGCUGGAGAAGUUGAGGAGUCAGGUGCUGCAGCUCCUCCUGGAGUUAGAAGGGGCCCGGGAGAUAUCCAACAAACACCAGGAGGCUUUCCACGAGCUGCAGGGUCUAUUGGAGGAUGAGCGUUUGACCAGCGCUCAUCAGGCAGAAGCCUUCGCACGACAGGUCCACAACCUGCAAGCCCAGCUGCGUUUGGUACAGGAGGAGAUUGAAUCUCUGGAGGAGGAGAAAAAGAGCGAAUUGAUUGAGGCCCACGAGGAGCUACGCCUGGCCCAGGAGGAGGUGCUGCUGCUGCAGCAGGCGGCGGAGGAGUCGGCGGCUGAGAGGGAGAACGACAUCGCCUCCCUACAGGAGGAGCUUUGUCGCCAUCAGGCCGAGCUGGGGAGGCUCAACGAGGAGGCACAGGAGUACGAGCUGGAGAUCACCACGCUCCGUGCCGAGAUCAGCAUGAAGAGUCAAAGGAGAGAGGAGGAGAGGAGAGGAGGAGACGUUGAAACACUGAAGCAGGAGUGUGUCACGUUGAGGGAGGAGUGUGAGACAUUGAAGAAUGACAACAGACGUCUGACUGAGAGACUACAGCUGCAGAGGACAGGCCACCUGUCCCUAAAGGAGGAUGAAGAGGACACCGGGAUCGGAGUGGGCACAGAGAUGGGGGGCAUGGCUGAGAGCUACAUGACCAUGGCAGACUGCCAGUCAACGGGCACAGGCACCAACUGCCGCCUGAAGGACGUGUCCAUUCAGAAGAACAUCUCGUUCGAUGGGAAGCCCAUGACCCCCACCGGCUGGAAUGGAGGAUUUGGGGAGAUCGUCUCACUAAGGGACCAGCUGAAACAAGCUGAGGAGAAGGCCUCACUGGUACAGAGACAGUGUGACGGUUUGAAGACAGAGCUGAGGGAGCUACAGGUGCUAUAUGACUGCAGCCAGAGGGAGAGGGCGGGGAUGGAGGAGGAGCUACUGCGCUGCAAGGCAGAGUUGGAGAGGCUGGCUGGAGGGGGGCAGAGCUACAUCCAUUCGUCUGAGUCUCCUGUUCUCUCCAUCCCCUUCAUAGGAAUAAUUAUAAUAUUGGGAGUGGUUUGGUGCUGGUUGUCCGAGCUGGCGUCACAGAAAGCAAGGGGUGUGAUAUAGAACGGAACCCUAUUCUGACUGUCACCGCGGCAACAGCUGUGCUUCUGAUUCGUGGCUAGCUUGUUGAGAGGCCCGAUGUUGAGCAGGUCAGAUCAGUGACAAGUUACACCGACAAAGACGGUAAUGUCUGCUUAUAGACAACUACCCUCCAUCCCCACCCCCUUAUCACAUCGAUCUGGGACGAACAACAGAUCACACGCCAUUCCUCUAAUUCAUCGCUAGGAAGAGGAAAUUAAGAUGACAACUGUUCAGAAAACAGGAGCAUGUUGAAAAUGGAAAACUUGUGUGCUCAUAGUUCUGAUGGAAAAGAUGGACUCCUUUUCUCUCCUGUUCUGGGGGACACAGGUCUUCAUGAAGCUGAGAACAUAGGGUGGAUACUUACAUUUAAUUGGAUAGUACCUUUCCCGCAUAAAUCUAGCUGGUUCUGUCCCUGUGACAUCUCAUUCUGUCUCUGUCUCUCUGUCUGUCUCACGGGUCUUGACUAUGGGACUCAAUUGGUCCUGAGUUUAAAUGUCUUAUACUACUCUUAUACAACUCUCAUCUUGUAUUUUACUAAAUGUAAUUAUUAAUAUGUUAAUUGAUUGGUCAUCUUUUAACAAGAACCACCUCUGCAUCUUGCACAUUUUGCUGAAUUAAAAACUCUUAAAUAAAUAAAUAAAAUCCACAUGAUGUUGUAAAUAAGUCCUAGUAGAAUCUUUCUGAAAAUAUAAUUAUAUCUACACGUGUAAUUUAUUAUUUAAAGGAAUAUGUCGAAUAGGUGAAAUAAUUUAAUGUCUGUGCCCGUGUCUUGUGAAUAGCUCAAACCAUGGGGAUUUUUCUCAAUUAGAAUUAAAUGAAUAAUGAAGACCUAGUGUAGAGUUCUAGUCCAGAGUGACAGAUGCUUUUCCCUACAAAAAAAAAUGUUUAAAGGCAAUAGUUAAUUUAUAAAGCAUUACGCUCUAAAAUAUUUUCUCAUUCAUUUACAUUCACUUUAAAAAUACAAUGAUCAUUCCAGAUGUCCUACCUAGAGUGAAUUUGUUAUUAGUGAGGAUGUUUAAUCUGGGUUUUCAGAGUUGUGUAAAUGCCUAUUUGUUAUGGUGUCCUCAUUAAAGGGGGAAGUGUAUGGGAGAUGUGUGUGCUAGUCUAGCAGCUGUUCUAAUGCACCUGUCAGUCCUAGCCCGGUGUUUCAAGUCUAUGUUUAACCAACCAUCUCACCCACAUACCAGUGUCCUGGCUAUUUUUGUCCACAGUCACAGUCACUUCUUUUAUUUACUGAACUUAACUUAGUGCACCGUCAGACAGACUUGGGUUGAAAUACUAUUCUGAAAUCAUUUCAAAAACCCUUAUCGGUGUUUGAUUGAGAUUCCUGAUUUAAUGGACCAAAAUAAUUGUCCCCAAACGGCAAACCCCACCCAUCUGUCACUCCAGGCAGGCUAAGGAAAACACCCACAGCAUUUGAAGGAGUUAGACAUGGUAUUUGAUCCCAGGUGUGCCGUCGGUAGAGUAUGCAUGGCUUCUGACUGCUUUGUCAUGCAGUGACUGUAUAAUUAGCCACCCAAAUAUGUCAAGUUAGCACGCCCAGUCUGUAUUUUCUUUUUCUUCCACAUCCCAGACUACACAUCCCAGAUUACACAUCCCAGACUACACAUCCCAGACUACACAUCCCAGACUACACAUCCCAGUUCACAUGCCAGACUACACAUCCCAGACUACACAUCCCAGACUACACAUCCCAGACUACACAUCCCAGACUACACAUCCCAGCUCACAUCCCAGACUACACAUCCCAGACUACACAUCCCAGACUACACAUCCCAGACUACACAUCCCAGACUACACAUCCCAGCUCACAUGCCAGACUACACAUCCCAGACUACACAUCCCAGACUACACAUCCCAGCUCACAUCCCAGACUACACAUCCCAGACUACACAUCCCAGACUACACAUCCCAGACUACACAUCCCAGCUCACAUCCCAGACUACACAUCCCAGACUACACAUCCCAGACUACACAUCCCAGACUACACAUCCCAGACUACACAUCCCAGCUCACAUCCCAGACUACACAUCCCAGACUACACAUCCCAGACUACACAUCCCAGACUACACAUCCCAGCUCACAUGCCAAACCACACUGUCUCUGAUAUGCCUUUGACCAGUUCACCCGUGAAGACUGGGGCCCAUGUUUUUUUCUUUUUUAAGAGUCAGUAGGAGUUCUGAUCUUGGAUCAGUUUUAACUUUGGGAUCAUAAUGAACAACAUCACAUGGACGUGGCCGGGGGUCGGGGAGGACUGACCCUAGAUCAGCACUCCUAACCCAAGAUGCUUUAUGGAUAUUUGUUUGUACAGUAACACAUUAACUGUAUAUGUGUCAUGUUUCGAUAGUGUGAUCUAUCUAUUUGAAUAUACUGUAGCAGCUAUUCAUACAACAGACAAAGAACAGCGAAUAUUUAACCUUGAGCUUGUGAAUGUCACAAAAUACCUAAUGUACACACUAUACAUAACUGAAUUGUUUCUGUACUUUUUAAUCUACUAACACCUUCUUAAAUGUGGAGAGAAAGGAAUGUGUUUUUUAUAAGGGGGAUGGAUUUUCUUGGCUUGGGUUGGUCUUUCCACAUGUUCUGAAAUGUCAUUAAAUUUAUUUUUAAAAACAAUUCCAGGUACACAGCUAGACAAUGUUGACGGUCAGCAUUCCAUAGUUGAAUGACGUUUGUGAACAUACCAGAGAUAGGAUAUUUAAUUUGUGCUGUGUCUGGUCGUACGUGAUGGUAUGCCUGUGUGUGGGGACAGACGAUUGGUAGACCAUGAGGCAGCGAAACAAGUUUGAUUGCAGAAGGCAUUCUUGAAAUUGGAUUGUUAUGUAAAAUUAUGUCAAUCGUUUUUUUUCGGGGGCAAAUUCUAAAUGUGUCUGGAUUGAACCGUUCGAUUUGUCGCAAAAAAAAAACGAGGCAGCAUUUUAAACGUUUUAAAUUAUCUGUUAACAACUGUGAAAUGUUGUGACACAGUCAAAGUCUAGCUACAUUAGAGUUAAUAAGGCAUGCUACAUAUAGUCUAAGAGAAAAGUUAAAAAGUUAACUUAUGUUUAAUAUGAGGUUUUUGUUUUACUUUGUAUUUGUUUGAUUAGCAUAGGUUCAGAAGUGGUAUCGACUAACGUGGGAGAGAAAUAUGACUAAAAUCUCCAUUUGUAAUAGCUUUGUAGAAAGUCUAUUUUGAGAGAGCAGUGUAUAUUUCAUAGCCAAAUGAUGUAAAAGUGUAUUCAUGGUGAGUUUAUUAAGAGAACCAAGUAAGUGUUGGUAAGUGUUUUCUACCUCUGUUUUCAAUACCUCUAUGUUUAUUUGAGUAGUCAGUGCAUGCAGGUCGAGGUUGUUUUUGGUGUUAGUACCCAGCAUGAGUAUGCUAUUGUAAUAAAUAAACAACCCACCAAAAUCAAUACUGAUCCUCUGUUCACAAAUUAAUCUUGAAUUUAGUUGUGGGACAUCUUCUAAUAGACAACAGUUUGUUUUCAUUCAAGUUCCUAAAUCUUCACAGACGAGGAUGGACUCAAACCCAGUAGUAACACCUCCUCUAACCAAAUAUCUUUCUGCUGCUAAACUUCCUGAACUUUAGUUCAUAUAAACGUUGCUUUAACCUGAACAUGAUUGUUUAAGCUUAUUAAAACCUGUUUUUCGAAAACAAA